AUGGCGCCCGCCCCCUCCCCGGGCCUGGACUCUCGCGGCGGCGCUGGCGCCAGGCCGCGCGGCGCGGCUGGCGCGGCCACCCGGCAGCUGCCUUCGGCGUUGGAGGAGCGCAUCCAGAAGAAGGACGUCGCCGGGGCCUGGGACGAGCUGGAGGACAUGCAGCGAAGAGGGGAGGUGGCGACGCGCUUUGCGGUCUCGCGGCUGCUGAUGCUGACCAUGGGCAACGAGGCGGCGCACAACGUCGGUCCUGCCCUGGUGCACAGGGCCCUGGACCUGACCGAGCAGUUCAUCCAGCUGAACCCGGGGGAGGCGGACGAGGUGCUGUUCAACGCUCUGAUGGAUACCUGCCACCGGGCAAGGGACCUCCCUCGCCUCGAGAAGACGGUGCUGCGCAUGGAGGAGUUGCGCGUGAGGCCCUCCCACGUCACCCUGGGCAUACUGGUCAAGGCGUACGGCCAGGCUGGCGACGCCACGCGGGUGGUCAACUUGUGGGAUCGCAUGGCGGAGGAACGCUCGCAGGCGAACGCCGUCACGUGCGGCUGCAUGAUCGACGCGUGCGUGAAGUGCGGCCGCCUCGAGAAGGCCUUGGAGAUCUUCCGGGAUAUGAAGAAGGGCAAGAAGCACCGCAACACUAUACUGUACACGACUCUCAUUAAGGGCUGCGGGCUCAAGAAGGACCUCCGGCAGGCGCUUACGCUGUUCCGCGAGAUGAAGACUGAGCGGGUCCCCUACAACAGGAUCACGUACAACUCCGUGAUCGACGUGUGCAUCAAGUGCACCGAUGUUCCCGCGGCCGAGAACAUCUUCGCGGAGAUGACGGCUCCAGGCAGCGGGAUCGUUCCCGACCACAUCACGUAUUCCACCUUAUUGAAGGGGUAUUGCCACAUGGGGGAGUUGGACAAGGCGCUCCAGGUGGCAGCGACCAUCAAGGCGAGCGGCCUGCCCUGCGACGAGAUGGUGUAUAAUUCGCUCAUGGACGGCUGCGUGCGUGCUUGCGACCUCUCGGCGGGCAUCGGUCUCUUCGCUGAGAUGAUCCGCUCGAGGGUACAGCCGUCGGCGAUCACGCACGGCAUCCUGGUGCGGUUGUACCAGAAGAGCAGUGGCGCGGUGGACGCCUGCGAGGCCGUGGCGCAGCUGUACCUGCACCACGCCUUGCCGAGACCAGACGCCGCCCUCGAGCAGCGUAGCAAGCGCAACGGCGGCGGCCGCCGCGGCAAGCGGCAGCAGAGGGCCGCCACCAUGCCCACGGCCCCGCCGCCGCUCCUGCAGCCGCAACUGUCACAUCAGCCGGUGCAACUGGACCUCCACGCCGCGACGAUGCAGGCGUUGCCGCCAGCGCCUGCGCAAGCGCUCCCAGCCACCACGAUGGCCUGGGCGGGCGCGCUGCCGCAGCCGAUGCAGUUCCCUCAGGCCCUCGGCCAGGUCGGCGGCUCGUGCUCCCUGCACCAGCUGCCGCCCCCUCUGGCGCCGGGGGCCGACGCCGCGCCGCUGUACGGCGGGACGCGGAGGUACUUGCCGCCGUGCACCGCGAUGUCGGAUGCCUCGCCUCAGCUGCUCCCGCAGAGCGCUGCGGGCGCUCUCCCGGUGCCGACCUUCCCGGCGAGCGCGAGCCAGGUCCUCCAGGAGACCAGCGGCGUGCUCCUGCAGCACGGCUUCAGCCCGCAGCAGCUGCCGCAGCAGCACGGCUGCGCGUGGCCGGCGGCGCCCGAGGAGGCGGCCAAGGCCGCCGGCCAGGUGCAGCAGGCGCAGGCCAGCGCGGUCGCCGAGGCCCGCCGCCUCGCGGGGCUGCGCGGAGGCCCAGCGUCGUGGGGCGGCAUGUAG